GGUAGGUAGCCUGCAAGGACUUAGAUAGGUGUAAGUAGUGUAAUUAUCAGCCUUCCAGGUCCUUUCCAGGCAAUGACAUGGCUUCGUCAUGGAAGGUCCUGGAGGAGUAGUUGUGUAGUUGACUUUACUGUGUAUACCUGGCCUUUUCUGAAGUGGGUGAAUACGGGUUACGAGAUAAUUACAUACUGCAAUAUGCCAUCGUUGCCAUGUAUGACACAGUAUGUACCUACCCAGGUAUAGAUGUAAUUUUGUUACUUCAUGUAGGCGUUUCCUAUUCUCCUCUUUGCGAUUGGGGGCGUUGUGCUUUGGGGUUACUUCGUGCGUGACCUGCCUAUUUUUUUUUUGUUUCUUUUACUUUUUCGAUUUGCAAACAAAAGUCAAUAUCAAAUGUGUGCUUGCUGGCGGGGUUUGCAUCUACAUACUACAUAUGUACAUUGGGAACACUGGACCUUUUAAUCCGUGGGUAACAUACGGCAUAGUAAAACUCAAUGUCACUCACAGUGCUGCUGUAUGUACCAGGUAAAAUAGAGGGCCUACCAAAUAAAAAGAACACUAAUUGACUUCCCGGAUCCUUUCACUUAGGCCC